AUGUAGUUACAGUAUAAAAACAAACUGGAGGUACUCAGUGUCACCAGUGCCGAAGAACCUGUGCUGCGCUUACCAGAGAGAAACAUGAAGAACUGUAUUGAAUAUUCACUGCUUUUCUUCAUUUCCAUCACGCAAGUUUCCCUACAGCAAAGGAUCAUUGGAGGCCAAGAGGUUGAGCCCUACUCCAUAAAAUACCAGGCGUCGCUACAAUACAACAACCAGCACUACUGUGGAGGAACUCUUAUUCACCCACAGUGGGUGGUGUCUGCUGCACACUGCUGGAAGCCAAACUAUUUGAUCAAAGUAGUGCUGAGUGAGCAUGAUCUCUUCAAGAAAGAGGGAGUUGAGCAGGUGUUUAAUGUCUCCAGAACCCUGGUCUACUACCUGUACAACUACAGGACAUUUGAUAACGACAUUAUGCUCCUGAAGCUUGAACGACCAGCUGACCUGAAUGCUAACGUGCAGCCGGUUCAGCUGCCAGGCAUAGACACGCCACCACUCUAUGGGGGCAUGAUGUGUGCAGUGAGCGGCUGGGGGGUCACGCAGGUGUACAGCUAUUACCUGUCCUCCGCGCUACGUGCCGUGGAUGUACAGAUCAUCCCCAACUGCCAGUACUACUACUACUCCAGAAUAACAGACAAUAUGGUGUGUGCCGGCUCUCCACUGGGAGGGAAAGACUCAUGCCAGGGUGACUCUGGCGGCCCUCUUGUAUGUAGCGGCUACUUCGAGGGCAUUGUCUCCUGGGGCAUUGGCUGUGCCAAUCCAUAUUUUCCUGGUGUCUACACCAAAGUUCGUAACUACAUCCGCUGGAUCAACUGGAUCAUCGACACCAGCAGUGACUAGACUCUUUUUGCAGCUUUUUACAGGAAGAAAUGACAUAUCAAAUGUUCAGUGAAUAUAUACAGCUUGUCAGAAAUCUGGGGACACACCACUUUCCAUGGCAUUAAUAAAUUAGUUUGGAGUUUGGGGUCAGUGAAAAUCAGACAUCACUAGGUAACUUAAGAAACGCAAGAGGUAAGGUCUUCCCAAACCUCUAGUGGGCAAUGUAUGGGAAAGUUUGCAUAUUUGUGGCACAUAAGAAAGAAUGGGGGGAAAAAACCCUUUCUUCAUUCUUUAUUAUCACAAGUAGCAAAAGCUACAAUUUUUUUUUGUUGUACGCUGCUAAAAAUGAUAUCUUAGCAAGUGAAAAUAUCUUGAAUAUGAGCAAAUGUAUCUAAUAUUUCUUAUGAGAAAUCAAAUAAGAUUAUUCAGCCUGUUUUUAGAUGUUUAACCGUUUCAAGCUUUAUAUUUUCUUAAUCUAUUGACAGAUCAUUUUGCUUAAAUAAAUGCUUAAAAUUUGAAAAAUUAUCUGCCAUUAGAACAACACUGCCAGCAGAAUCAAGCUUCAAAUGAGUAAAACUGUCUAGAAAUAGGUUUAAUAAUCACGUUUGGUUGAUUGUAAUCUUAUAAUAGGAAAUACUAGAUCAAUUUGUCUAUAUUCAAGAUAUUUUCACUUGCACAUUUUCAGAUUUCUCAUCUGAAAACCAGUGGGGGCACAAACCGUUGCACACAACGGUAUAUAUAAGCUAUGUUAACCUUGAUAGUUAGAAAAAAGGUGUUCAACGGGUUCUCUAAUGGCCAAGUCUUGAAUUUGACCAUAAUAAAAAACAAACAAACAAAAAAAACAUGAAAAUAAAGGAGUAAUCACUUUACAGUCAGAAUGUCAGUUUGUGGUGAGCCUCUUGUUUGUGUUGGCUUGUGACUAAACUGACAGCCUUUUAAUGUUUGCUAAUGAAAUGUCAUUCUACCCUGCAAAAAAGCAGUAUAUGACUGUGCUGUAAUAUGAAAUGCAUGUAGAUGGAGUAUUAUCACUUGAAAGAAAA